AUGCAGAAAUCAGGAGAGUCGGUAAUGGCAUGGAACGUGUUCAAGUUUUGUACAGCACUGCGUGCUCUUGGUUCUAUCAUGAUAGUAUUAGUCCUUGGCAUAAUAGGGGUUACAUAUUAUGUUAUUGUUGUAGCUAAUUAUGGUCCAGCUCUUAUUCAUGGUGGCCUUGAUUCUUUUGUCGCUUUCAUUGUCUUGGUUUUGUUCCAUUCUUUGUUGGUGAUGCUAUUAUGGAGCUACUUUACUACUGUUCUAACUGAUCCUGGUGGUGUCCCACCAAAUUGGAGGCCAUCAAUAGACGAGGAGAGUGGUGAUGCUGAUCCAUUGGUCGGAUUAGCACAUGAAGGUACAGAUUUAGGCUUAAAUCAGUCAGCUAUGCUUGGUGAGCCAGCUAAUCCAAGAAUGCGAGUCUGUCGAAAAUGCAAUCAGUUUAAACCUCACCGUUGCCAUCACUGUUCUGUUUGCGGGAGGUGUAUAUUGAAAAUGGACCAUCAUUGUGUAUGGGUCGUGAAUUGUGUUGGGGCAUUGAACUACAAGUAUUUCCUUCUUUUCUUGUUUUACACAUUUCUUGUGACAACUCUUGUCACUUUAUCAUUAUUGCGGCUGUUUAUAGCAUUUUUUACUGAUGGUGAAAUAAAUGGGACACCGGGAACCCUUGUAGCGACGUUCAUCACAUUUGUUUUGAACUUAUCAUUUGCAUUGAGUAUUAUGGGCUUCCUGAUUAUGCACAUAUCACUGGUAUUAGGCAAUACCACCACCAUUGAGGCAUUUGAAAAGAAAACCAAUCCUAAAUGGCGUUAUGACCUUGGUCGAAGGAAAAACUUUGAACAGGUAUUUGGGACGGAUAAGAGGUACUGGUUCAUCCCUGCUUAUUCAGAAGAGGAUUUGGAAUGCAUGCCAGUGCUUCGAGGAUUUGAAUAUCCAACAAGACCUGACUUGGAUGAGCUCCAGCAGCUUUAA